AUGCUCAUCGAGCAGCAAGUCGUGAUGGUUAGUUUCCAGGCUUCGUAUCAGUCGGAGGCUGCUGUCGCCGCAGACAUGGACGCGGGUACUGUCAACCCACAGGCGCUCUCCAUGGACCACCCUCAGGGACUUGUCAACGACGUGCAUAUGGGCGUCAAUAACCCGCAGACGCCCGUCAAUCCCCAGAUGGGUGUCAGCGAUGCCCAGAUGUUUGCGACCCCGCAGACGCUGGAGAGCACUCCCACGACGCUUGUCAACACCCCCCAGAUGUUCGCCAACCCCCAGACGGCGGGUAUCAACGACAUGCAGACGUUUGCCAAUCCCCAGGCAGUUGGCAACCAGGCGGCGUCCAUGGCCCACUCUCAGGCCCUCUUCAACGCCAUGGCGGGCUUUUCCACCCCCCAGGCGAACAUGAACCCACAGGCACCCGUCGGCUUCCAUGGUCAUGGCAUGGACAACCAGGGCCAGGGCAUGACCGGAUACACCGGCGUCAACAACAACAUCAACCAGGGCGGUCAGUACGUGAACAACACCGCGUUUACUGGAGGUGGCAGCAACAACUACGACAACAAUCACCAAGCUGGCCUGCCCACCGCCGCCAACGGCCUGGCUGACGCCGCCCAGGACACUGGCACCGACGAGCCCCUGAUCAAGCUCGAAGAGCUAAUCUACGGCCCCUUUGAACAGCCCGAGGAGGGCGCCAUGCUCACUCGGUCCACCUUUUACGUCCACGCCCGCUUGACCACCAAGGAGGGUGGAGCGGACUCGGGCGUCGCUGGGGAGAUGUACGUCGAGAAGCUUCAGCCCCUGCUGAAGACGCAGAAGCAUCCCAUUGUCUUGAUCCACGGUGAUUAUCACACCGGCCAGGUCUGGAACACCAAGCCAGAUGGCAAGCCCGGCUGGGCUUCCUACUUUGUCUACCAGGGCUUCUUGGUGUACAUUGUCGACCUGCCCGCGUGCGGCCGCUCUCCCUUUACCUGGAACGGCCAGCCGUAUCUUGCCGCGCGUGCCAACACCCUAGACACUGGCGUCGUGGAGCGAGACCUCACUGCGCCCGCGGGCCAGACGUACGAGUCGUGGCCUACCGCGAAAUUCCACGACAAGUGGCCCGGAAAUGGCAAGCGAGGCGACCCCAUCUUUGACGCCUACUUUGCCUCGCUCGGCCCUCUCCCGCUCAGGCGCGCGGAGCGACAGGGCCUCUCCCAGCACGCGCUCGGCAACCUUCUCCAGCGCAUCGGCAAGGCCGUCCUCCUCGGCGAGGGCACCGGCGCGACCAUGGCGUGGCUCGCCGCCGACGUGCACCCGCAGCUCGUCGCCGGCGUCGUGGCCAUCGAGCCCGCCGGCCCGCCCGUCGGCAGCGCCAUGCGCCUGGGCUCCGACGGCGUGCGCCGCUACAGCUCGCUCAUCAACUUUGACCCGGCGCUGCGCCAGUACGGCGUCGCGGACAUUCCCCUGACGUAUGAGCCGCCCCUUGGAGGAGCUGCUGCUGGCUCUUCGGGUGGUGGCGCCAGCAACAACGACAACAGCAACACGUCCAGCGGUAAGCUCGACGUCCAUCCGCAGACGUCCACCGACGCCAACGGCCAGUCGCGCACUUGCAUGAUGCAGCGUCUCCGCUCUGAGAACCGCGACGAGGACGACAAGACGGGCGGCGCGAACCGCACCACCGGCCCGCGCCAGCUGGUCAACCUCCGCCAGGUGCCGCACGCCAUCGUCACGGCGCAGGCGAGCUCGCACUCGACGUACGACUGGGCGACGGUGCAGUUCCUCCGCCAGGCGGGCGCCGACGUGCUGCACUUGCAGCUCGAGGACUACAGCAUCUUUGGCAACGGCCACCUGAUGUUCCUCGAGACCAACAGCGACCGGGUGGCCAGCCUCGUCAUGUCGUAG